GCUUAGUUUAUAUGGGAGUUUGCUGCCAGUUGUAGUGAGUUUUGUUGAGUUAAAGCUGAAGCUGUGGCCCAAUACAAAGGUAGCACUGAAACAGGGCUUGAGAUUCUCCCACAUCAUCAGUGCAAAUGUAUUCACAAGUUGCUUCUCUUCUGGUUCCACAGACCACUCACAGCCUCUCACAGAAUCCACUGUAGUUUCAAUCUUGGUGGGAAGAAAUGAAGAAGCUGUGGCCACAACUGAUACUAUAACACUAAUACUGAAUAACACUAAUCAUACAUGUAUUUGUUAUACCAGAACCAAGAAGAAAGUUAAUACAUAAAGUGUUGCGACUUAAAUGUCAUUAUAUAUACAUAUACAUAAUGUUUUUCUUCAUUUUGUCCCAGAACAGUUUUAACUUCCAAUGCUCGUGUAAUAUCUCCAGUAGAGGGCGACAAUCUUCGGUAAACAGACAUGUUUGGUGCUAGCGGCUUGCCGUACGUUGAAGUCUCUUCUGUUUGAGGAACGCCACCGUGUCUUCGGGGUGAAUUUGUCGCCGUUUAUGAAUCAGCCUCGGUACUCAGGUCUGUCGGGCCUGUGCCAGGUCACCGAACAUCUUUACAUCAGUAACGGCAGAGCGGCCGGUGAUUCAGCUCAGCUGACCAGGUGUCAAAUCACCUGUGUCAUCAGCGUUACUGAAGGCCUGAGCUGCUGUCCUCCUGCACCAGCUGCUGAGAUAGAGCACCUCCGUAUCCAGCUGUCUGACUCUCCUCUGUCUCCUCUCAACGACCUCUUCCUGCCGGUGGCUAAAAAGAUCCAGCAGCAUGCCGAGAGCGGAGGCCGGACACUGGUGCACUGUAACGCCGGUGUGAGCCGCUCCGCCGCCCUGUGCAUGGCUUAUCUGAUGAAGCACCAAGGCGUCACCCUGCUGGAGGCCCACACCUGGGUGAAGAGCUCCAGACCCGUGGUGAGACCCAACCCUGGCUUCUGGAAGCAGUUGGUCUGCUUUGAGAAGGAACUGCGGGGCUGUAACUCUGUCCACAUGGUGUCCUCGUCCAUAGGAGAAAUACCGGACAUUUAUGAAGAGGAGGCCAGGAACAUGAUGGCUCUGUGAGGGCUGAGAACCGGAACCACUGCCAAAAUGAUUAUUAUUAUUAUUACCAUUAAUAGGGAUAAUCUGCUUGAUCAUUGGUAUCCAAUGGCUACGGUGUUAGUUAUGGUAAAAUCAUUGUGAUGACACUAAUGUAAAACAUAAACCUAAUCAGUUUAUAUGGAAAUCAAGAUUAUUUUCUAAAACUAGGAUUUAUCAUAGUGAGUGGCAGUAAACAGUCUCAAUCAUGCAGUUCAGACUGUAGCUGUUUGUAACUGUCUGAUAUGGGGUUUAUUGUUAUGUAAAGCUUUAAAAAUGUUAAAACUGACAGACUCAAUAAAGAUGUAUUUGUUUAAAAAAACAAACACAAACAGUUGUCCUUUAUCCUCCAAAUUUGAAGCAUAUGUUCCUAUGUUUGUGCUCACUGUUCCAUUGUCUGCCAGUAGUGAAGCUGUGAGGGUGAAGGUAGUUAUUCAUGUUAACAGUGGCCACAGUAUACAAAAGAAGCUUUUAUUUUGGAAUCAUUCAUCAUUUCUUCAGUGGUGAAAACUUUAAGGACAUCUUAUUGUUUAUGGAGAGGAAAUUCUGACAAAAUGAAAUGCACAUCUUAAAUUGUCCACAAAUCCUAUCUCCUUCUGGUACAUAUUGAAAGUGAGAAAAGAACAAUGUGUUCAAAACGAAUAAUUUUCUCAAAAAUAUAGAUCCUUUAAAAAA